AAGUCAGUUCUGCACGAAGUCGGCAACUAUUAUUCCCUGCCCAAAAAUUUUAAAAAUACAUGCCUCCUCUCGCACCAACAGAUCAAGCAGGACUAGAUAAGAUUUACUACCUCAACUUAGAUAAGCGCUUGGAACGCCGGCAGCAGAUGGAAUACAUCUUGAAGACUGUUGGCAUCGACGCGGAACGCUUCCAAGCCUUUGAUGGCAACGACCUCACGGAGGAAGUCAAGAAAGAUCUCGGAGUGAAAGUAAUAAAAGGAUACCGAGAUCGGGUCCUGAACCGUCCCAUUACUCGUGGAGAAAUGGGAGGCACCAUAACCCAUCAUAAUAUUUGGACAAACAUCAUCCAGAAUAAGUUCGAAAAGGUUAUGGUUCUGGAAGACGAUGCUCAAUUCUUUCCAAAUUUCAAAGAAAAUCUACGGAGCUUGCUCGCUCACCUCGCCGACGCACGCCUUCAGUGGGACUUCAUUUAUCUAGGCUACGAAGACCUAGAGCCUUUUGCACCAACGCUUGCAGUGCCGGGUGUCCCGAGGUUAGUAGAAGCGAAGUACUCUCACUGGCUCGUGGGGUACCUCAUCUCGCUGUCUGGAGCCAAGAAGCUCGUCGACGCAGAGCCUUUGAGUAAAAUUCUGGUCUGCGACGAGUUUCUACCCAUCAUGUACGAUCGCUCCAAUUUGACUGAGUACAAACAUCUCUUCCCCAACCGCAACCUCAUCGCCUACUCCGCCUCCCCACCGCUGCUCGAGCCCCGAUUUUUUAAAGGGGAGCAUGGCUACGUGUCGGACUCGGAAGCUACUGUGUAGCAAGUUCUGUAUAUUGUGCUCAUUAUAUUCCAUGCUCAUUAUAUUGUGUGUGCCUUGUCGUGGCGAUGUGUUACUCAAAGUUGCUAGUGUCGUAGCGAUGUGUUAUUCAAAGUUGCUAGUGUUGCUAGUGUCGUAGCGAUGUGUUAUUCAAAGUUGCUAGUGUUGCUAGUGUCGUAGCGAUGUGUUAUUCAAAGUUGCUAGUGUUGCUAGUGUCGUAGCGAUGUGUUAUUCAAAGUUGCUAGUGUUGCUAGUGUCGUAGCGAUGUGUUAUUCAAAGUUGCUAGUGUUGCUAGUGUCGUAGCGAUGUGUUAUUCAAAGUUGCUAGUGUUGCUAGUGUCGUAGCGAUGUGUUAUUCAAAGUUGCUAGUGUUGCUAGUGUCGUAGCGAUGUGUUAUUCAAAGUUGCUAGUGUUGCUAGUGUCGUAGCGAUGUGUUAUUCAAAGUUGCUAGUAUUGCUAGUGUCGUAGCGAUGUGUUAUUUAAAGUUGCUAGUGUUGCUAGUGUCGUCGGUUGAUGUGUUUACUCAAAGCGUCACAAAAAAAUCGCUUUACGAAUUUUAUCAUGCUGUUAAAUAUAUAUCAUAAAAUAUAACAUUCGUUAGCUCCCUUCACUUUUCUGUUAAAAACAGAAGUUGACUUUCUAGUAAUUAGAUUGUUAAGCCGUGAUCUAAUGCAACUCUAUAAUUAUAUUAUCAUUUACAACAGUUACUCCCAAAAUUCGUCACUCAAUUUGCCGCUUUUAUCAAGAAUGCUUCUUCAGGAUCUCAAAAGCGUGAAAGCAUACGUCAAGUGUUUUUUUCAGCCCUGCUUUACACUUUUACUUUGAUAUAGAAUUUAAUUAUCUUUACAAGUAUAAGAAGGGAAAAGGUAAUCGACAUUACGAACAAAACUGCUCCCAAGUUUGAAACUGUUUGGCGAAGCAUCCAAUUUUGUCACCUUGUUUGCAAGUUUAUUUGUGUAAAUAUGUGUUAGCACACACACAGCGAUUGAAAAUGAAUCCAAACCAUCAAUAUUGUUUGGAUUUGGCAUUAUUUCAUUGUUCGCUAGCUAUAGUUUUCCUCAUUGAUAUUCAAUAUAUUGGCUAUUUUACUAAUUCUUACAAGUCUUGUUGCCAGUAUAGGUAUUAUAGAAUAUAUUAUGCAAGUAUAGGUUGAAGAUUAUCUCAACGCUAUAGAAUCAAUGGAUCGAAUGUAGAGGCUUUCUCAACUGUUGCAGUCAAAUGAAAAAUGAUUAGGUCUAUUCAAGGAGUCAGUGAUUGGUGAUAUUCCCUGCAAUAUCUUCUAAAAUUGCCUCGCUUGUUUUCUGAUUAAAAACCUUUCACCAGGACGCGGUUAUAUGCAGCGGCCAUUGCUCACCGAUGCGAACACUCGUCAUCGAUGAUUAUGAAUAAUUAUAACUAGAAAGGAACUAUAACGUCUGUCCAACUGAUUGACAACAAAUUGAAUAUCCAACAAUUUUCAGUUUAUUUAGCUAGUAUUUGUACAAUAUCUGUCGGUAAUCAUUUGUUUACUAUAGGGAUGCAAAGUUACAUAUAGUAAUUGUACAAGGGCAAUACUGAGACUGAAUUAGGUUCUCAACUUCGUCAUCAUUCCUGAUUGAAAUUAUGGUAACCAUGAAUAACAAUCAAUUCAAAUAACUCUUAAUGAAAGAAUCCUACAAAGAUAAAAUACUUCACUUACAUUCGUGCGAGAGGAUGGCCCGUUACAUCGCAGCAACAGUUAGAUGUCUGCGGCACUGUAGGGCCCCACGUGUCUAGCAAGACGCUGAUCGGAACGUCAUCAGUACAGGUU